AUGGGGGAGGCAUGGCCGGAGAAGCACAAGCUUGCCAAGGCUUGGGAUGGGUGUGAGAUUGCAAGGGAUCGAAUGAGGACCCAGGGAAGGCUUCUGGAUUGGCCAACGGCAGCAAGCACAGGGGUCGCUACGAAGGUCACCCUGAAGCUCAACAGAUUCGUUGUUCGCCCGACAAUGCAAAGCUGGGUCGACGUGAAGGAGAUCCACCGAUUGCUCGUACCCUCGCCAGACACCGUCAAGAUUUACGUCGACGAAUGGGGUUUGAAGAGGUUGAUGAGCUAUUGUCUUCGGAGAUACCGCACUGGAGCUUUGAACUUCCGGGAUCCAGCUCUGCAGCCCAUCAUGAGUAUCAUGAUUGCUCGGUGGGGCGGCGAUGAUCCUGCUGAUCAUGAUGACAACGAUGGCGAAGGCGAUCCAAGCGGCGGCGAGGACGACGCUGAGGAGGACGGCGAUGCUCCAAUGGCUGCUGAUGAUGGGGAGGAGGCUCCUGCAUUGGAUGUUGGGGACCCCUACGUUCUAGCCGAUGGGCUCGAGUUCCAACCAUAUUCUGAUGAUGAGUGCAAUCUUCCUGCCGAGCCUUAUGAGAUCCCUGUGCUUGGGGACGGUGUGCCUACUCCCGAGCCUUCUGAGAUCCCUGUGCUUGGGGACAUGGUGCCUACUCCCGAGCCUUGCGAGAUGCCUGUGCUUGGGGACGAUGAGCCUGCUGAGAUGCCUGUGCUUGGGGGGCCUACUCCAGACAAUCCGGAGCAUGCCGUGAUGCCGCAAAAGUUUGCCGAGAGGCGAGCCCUGAAAGCCAGUGCCAUGUGUGACCUAGCGACCCGAGCGCUUUGGACACCCAGCCCCACGACAUCUUCAUGCAGCCUCCUCCUGAGCCUCAAAGCAUUGAUCCUGCUAGUGAAGUUCGCCUGGCCCCUCCUCGUGAGCCUUUGCUUGCUGGUGAAGUUUGCCUGUCGCCUCCUCGUGAGCCUGAAAGCAAGCAUGCUGGUGAAGUUUGCCUCCCCCUUCCUCGUGAGCCUGAAAGCAAGCCUGCUGGUGAAGUUUCCCUGUCCACUCCUCGUGAGCCUGAAAGCAAGCCUGCUGGUGAAGUUUCCCCGACCCUUGAUGUUGCUGCCAGCGAAUGCAAGCCGCAAGCACUCUGGAUGCAUCAGUCCGAUCUCUGUGCAUGCAGCCGUUGCAACGGAGUCCAUCGUGCAGGUCUCGCCUCAGGAAGCCGUUGCCAAGGAGUCCACCACCUCGGCUUCCGACAAGCAAUUCAGUGUUCUGGAUUUCAAGGCACUUUCGGGACUUGCAGUUGAAGAGGUCAGCAGAACGGAUCAGUUCAAGGGCAAACGCAAGGCCGGCAAAGCUGCAGCUGAUGAUGAUGAGAUGAAAGAUGAUGAGGAGUGCCAGGAAAGCGAGGAAGAUGAUGAUGAGCCUGUGGUGAAGAAGCGACCGGCUGCCAAACGCAAGAUCUCGAAAGCCGGGGGCGAUGGAAAGGCCAAGGGACGUGGGAAAGGACGUGGGAAAGGCCGUGGACGCGGUGGGCAGAAGCCAGGCUCUUCUGCCCCCCCGAAAGCAAAGGCCAAAGCGAAGGCAGCAGGCAAGAAAGCUGCAAAACCAAAGGCGAACGGCAAAGCCGAGGAUGAGCCGGAGGAGCAGCCUGAUGAUUCACACCCCGAGGGCGCAGAUUCGCCAGGCGAAGCUACGCCCUGCAAAGCGAAGGCAGAGCCCAAGAGAGCAGGGAGACCCAAGGCGAAAGCCAAAGCAGCCGCGAAGCCGGUUGCCGAGGAAGAGGAGCCGUUCAAGGAGAAGGUGUUCGCUCGCCGUCAUCGCCCUAAUCCUCCAGACCAAUCGAUGCAAUGGCAAGCGAUCCGUGACAUCUUCGACAGCCACGUUAAGCCUUCCUUGCGAUUUCCUUCGAAACAUGAGUAUGCCUGGUACGACAAGAUCAAGCCCCUCUUGCCUGCGAACAGCACGAUCGAGGACUACCUCAAGAUUGCCCGUGACCGGGCGAAGGACUUCGUGAAGUCCGUCUCAAAGUGA